CUCAAAAUGAGCGAAGUGGUUACUCACGAUUUCAGUACUUUAGCAUUCCUGCCGGCAGCUUUAAAUAUAAAUCGUCUCCAAAACUAAGCCCUAAAAUACCUAAUUGCAGUGAUCAAGCUCAUCAAUGGCGGAGAAUGAGAUCACGUACAUCUGCAAGCGGACGGUGCUCAGCACGAGGCCGAUUCCGGCCGGAAACCACCACAACCUGUCGUUAAUGGAUCGAUUGAUGGAGAAAAAGCACGUAAAGAUCGUCUCCUACUACGGAUCGGCGGGAGCGACGAAGAUCGGCGGCGAAGCGACGCGGCGGCUGAGAGAGUCUCUGUCGGAAACGCUGAACGAGUUUCCGAUGGUGAGCGGGCGAUUGGUGAAGAACGAGGAAGGAAAUUGGAGAGUGAAAUGCAACGACGCCGGCGUUAGAAUGGUGGAGGCUAGGGCACAGGGAAGCGUAGAGGAGUGGCUGAGGAUCGUGGACGGAGAAAUGGAGCUCAAACUUGUGCACUGGGAAGAAAUGUUGAAUACGCCUUAUUUUUGGUCUACUUUUUAUGUUCAGGUAACAGAGUUUGAGGGAGGGGGCUUUGCCGUGGGCCUGAGUUGCUCUCACCUUUUAGCCGAUCCAAUUUGCGCCACCAUGUUCCUUAAAGCAUGGGCCGACACGACUUCGGUCCAAAAUAUAACUGGGCCUUCUAUUUUCCACCCACGGCCCAGGCCCAAUAAUUCCCUGAUCAAUUACUACAAAUCCUCGAUGGAGAAACCCCCUCCAACUCUAACCACACAUGCAGAACACAAAACGAUUGCCUUAGCAUUUUCCGACAACGCGGUGCGGGCCUGCAUUGGCAUGGCCCAAGAUGGCGGCCCACUAAAUGACUGCCCAUCUCCUUUCGCUGCUCUGGCUGGGCUUUUUUGGGCCUGCAUCAGCAAGGUGAGGAGAAAUGGGAAUGAUGAAGAUGGGUUUGUAAAAAUGUCAAUCUGUUUGAAUGGAAGAAGAGGGUUGAAGGUUGGAAACGAUGUGUUUGGAAAUUACAUGGUUUGUAAUGCAGUCGAGGUAGACGAUUGGGUGGAAAGAAGCGUCUCGACAGUGGUUCGGGCUGUGGUAGAAGUAGUGACUAGUAUGGAAGAUAAGGAGAAUAUUUUGGAGUUGAUCAAUUCGCAACACGAUGAUCAAUGGAGCACGCUGAACUCAAAUCUCAUAUGUAUGAACUUGGAGGAGUUGGAAGAAACCACGUUUAAGAGUGAUAAUAAACUAAUCAGGACAUCAUAUUAUGUGGAGCCUGUGGGUAAAGGGGGACAAAUAUUGAUCCUUCCACCAUUACAAUUAUCGCAAAAGGCUCAAUUGAGUAGAGUAGUUGUUGUUACACUUCAAAACGAUGAAGUGGUAAAACUUUUAGUUAAUGAUCUUAUUUUGAGUUUCCAUCCAAAAAUUUUGUUCGGAGAUAUACAAUGA